CUCGGUAAUUUUAAAAUCAUAAAAAGCUAAGAGUUGAACUCAGGUGUGUUGAGCACACAGAUAUCUACUAUUAGGGACUACCAUGGAGGCCAACAGCACGUUGUCAGAGCCGUCCUCCCGUCCCGACCCACUGCUAAUAUUGCCCGUACUGCUAUCUGUAGUCUGGGCAGUAUACGAGCUGUUUUAUGCUCCUAGAGUCAUUGCAUUUCUGAUUACCAAGAUAGCCAACCUCUUCCUAACUGAUAGUGGCAUCUAUAUUCGGGCCAUACGAAUCCAUGUGUUAUCUGGUCGCCUGAUCUUCAAAGACGUACACUACUACACUAGAGACUACUCUCUACGGGUGUUUGAUGGCUACCUGUCACUGAGGUGGUGGUGGCAGACCGGCAAGAAUGUGUGCAAGUCAUGUGACCGUGUCCAGAGGACGGCUCCCUUCCUCCAACUCACACUCAACGGGCUGGAGUGGCACUGGUACAACAGGAGUGAGGUGUACGAUAACUGGGGUGUGGUGAAUGAGGAAAACAGUGCAGAGGACCUAACAGAACAAGAGGAGAGUGGUUUCGGGCGAUGGUGGAACAGCUUACACCCCUCUGUGCAUGUCUCCAUAAGGAAAGGUCGUGUAUUGCUAGGCAACCACCUGGUGGAGAGGACCCUCGUCGUUUAUUUCGCCAGCUCUGAAUCACACUACACAAUCACAGAGGCGUCCAAUCAGUUUGACGAGCGAAUGCAUGUGCUGAACUUUGACACUCGUGUGGUGAAGGUAGUGCUGGAACCCAGUGUAGGGUACAAGGGUCCUGUGUCGGAGGAGAAACCACCAGUCUUGUGUGAGGGAAUGGAGAAUGCUUACUUGUUCUUGAAGACUGACAAUGCUCUCAUCACAUACUCUCUGGACUCACCAGGUAUCACACCACUCGGAGAUAACCCUCCUCCAAAAUACGCCUUCGACGUCAAACUUGGCUCUAACACAGUCGUCAACUACAGUUGCUAUGGUAAUCGUCAACGGAAUCAAAUGCAGAAAAUCUUUUUCCCCAACGACCAUACGGAGAAGCCAUACACACAGCUCCCGGAACCAGGACAGAGGAGAAUAUACACCAUGUUUGAUGUUUUCAUUGAAACCACAAGUCCGCUAACAGCCUACCAUUUAUUUAGUGACAGGAGCGGGCACACGGCACAUUUGGCAGUCGCCAUAGGUACAGGGUCAAAGGUCUCGCUCCACCAGCCGUGGGUGUAUGCCAAAGAUGGCCAACUAUCAGUUGUCAAGGGGAGUCUGAGGAAUGUACAAAUCACCUCUUCUCUUGACUACCAGGUUUUAGGUUCUGCUGACAGUAUGGAUUUCCAAACCGAUCUCCAGUUCCCGAGACUGUGGAACGCUACUCAGACUUGGAACAUGAGGUUCACUGGAGACUCUGUACAGGCCAACAUCCUGUUUGCUUACAUCGACUUCAUUAAUGACCUGCUGGAUGAUUGGUUGGGAGACGAACCCAAUGACCUAUUGACUUUUGUACCCCUGAAUUGGAACAUCUCCAUCGACCUCACGAGAUACGAGAUAUUUCUGUUCACAAACCGCUACAACUGGAUUGAUGUUGCCAUGGACGCAGCCGAGAACACUCGUCUUGCCUUCUGUGGCACAAGUGGUCAGAUCACACUCGAGUUCCCGUUCACUCGGUUCAACCCGCCAGAACAAGAGAUCCACUUCAAAGUUGUCGGUGAGGAUAUAGUGGUCCGUCGCUACGUGCCCCCCUCCUCGGCUACCAAACAGAGUGUCCUCUCUCUCUCGUCCCUCAACAAGCAUCGCUGGAGGUCCAUGAGCAUGCCCCCCGGCGGAGAGCAGCCAACUGUGACAGAGAUCACACGACCACCGUCUACCCCCUCUGAUCAUCCACCACCCAUCACCGUGGAGGUCACAACUCCGGGUGCCCACGUCAUUAGCGCUCCAAUCAUAGGGGACCCCCCCUCUCCAACGAGAUCGUUCAGACCGCCCUCGUCUCUCGGACGUACCAGUCCAAUUAAAGCACACCAUGCCUCCCUCGAUUAUCUCAACGAACCCGCCGCUGACGAGCUCCCAGAUUACGAGUCUAUUCCCAUGGGAUACCGAGGGGUCACACAGUACAAGGAUGGCUGGGUGGACCUAGCCUCAGGGCCUACUAUCACCAUCGUCAUUGACUACACAAGCCACGCCCAUGAUACGAGGCCAGGUCAGUACACACAACUCCAUCCCAACGUCAUGAGAGUUGACAUUGAAGCACCAAAGGUUUUACUCCGUGUAUUUGGUUCUCUGGGGCGUGACCUUCUGGCGCUGAAUGAAAACUACACCGGUGAAUUUAUGAAUUUCAAGACUUUCAAUUCGAAUAUUCCAACACCCCAAUCUGUACCUGAGAGACCACCCCCACCUAAUCUAGGGUCUGCCCCGCCCCCUUCUCCACCUCCUGAUGGAUCACAUGAGCCGAAUGAGCGCACCCUAUGGAUGUAUGUGAACUUUAGACUGAGAAACGUCACAGCUGAGUUCCCCACGCAUUUGCCUGAGGGUUGGCCGAAGGACUUCCCCCUGCCCUCUGUGGUGACGGAACAGGUGGGUGUGAAAGUGGAGUACACCAACAGAGAGACGAUGGUGUGGCUGGAGGUGGAGCCUAUCUCCGUGCACGUGCCCACUAAGGUCCCUGAGCCGCUAAGAAGGUCAACAGAGUUCAGCAGUGUCAACGAGCUAGGUCAUGUGAUUGUGUCGGGGGUCAGCCUCCGUUGCCAUGGUUUCACGGAGCUGCUGUGUGAGGAGAGAGUGGAGUACGCAUGGCUCAUUAAUCUCACCAUUAAGAGGAUUACAGGCACCGUCUCAACACUACAGUUGGCAACAGCUCUGGACUGGUUUGUCACGGUGUUUUCCCAUACUGCCUCAUUCGGAGAUGGUUGUCAAGUGGCCCCUGACGGAGAUCGCAUCGAGCCAAAGAUUGAGCCAAUCUCAGAGGAGAUCAAGUACAAACUAUUCCACUUCAUGAUUGAAGAGGGGGAUCUCGCUGUUGCUGAUGGUGACGCACUAACUAGGAUACAGACGCCUGGUUUUGACCUCGGGUUUUGCACCCUCCACUCUGAAAUGGAGACACUCGGACUAUCGUUUCAACUCCACGGUGCUACGGUAACGACCUUUGCACCCCUGGACGACGACUGCCUUGUAGAGAGCGGACUUUUGGACCUUGGACCAAUUUCGGGAGAUCUCAGUUUGCGAGAGCCUUUGGAUUGCGUUCCUCAGAGGCAAAUGGACUUUCUAAAACUAGCCGACAAAAACACUAAACGUUUAUGGUUUCUAUGGGAUACUACCAGUGACAACUGUGGAUGUUGGGGGGCUUGUAUGUUUCAGGACAGCUUCAUUAAACGACCUUUGACCCGCGGCAAGAACGACUGUACAGUGUACAAUGCAAAGAUUACCAUUAAAGGAUUAGAAUCUCUGGAGAGUAGUCUGUUGGGCCACACCAUUCGAGAUAUCGACUGUCUACAGACGAUACACAAAUCGCUACUGGAGCACUACCAACACAGAUACACUGUGCCCACUGCUCUGAGUUUAACCCUUGACAGACCGUAUUCUUACGUGUCGGACGCAGAUGACGACUCUUUUGUUUCUGCACGUUCCAGUCUAACGUCUCUACUUCUGGAGGAGAAAUUCGAGUUCGUUAGUUUUGAGAAUUUGACCUCUGCGUCUAGUAAAGUGAAGAGCAAACCACCUCCUCUUAAUCUGAGUGAUAGUAUCGACGACGGUGAUAGUAACCUGGAGACAUACAAGGAUGUAAGCCACACCCACAAACUCGACGAUGUACGACUGAGAGUUCGUAUGGACACACAAUCAAACAAGGAAAAGGACAAACCUCUCCAUUGUCCAGUUAAACGGUCGUGCUCAGACGGUGCUGCUCUUCAUCCGAAGAACACUCCCAAGCGAACAGCAAAUCAGGAAUACUUGCUCCUGCGAGUACCUCAGUUGAGUCCGUGUAAUGAGGGACAGAUACCGUUGAUAACGCCCCGAGGCACAGGGAUACGAACAAAGGAACGAUCUCGUCGUCGUGUCCGGCCUCAAAAGAAUAAUGAGAAUAGCCUGGCGACGUUCUCCCUGAGUGUGAGUGUGGAGGGUAUAGUGAGGGCAGUGCUCACCCCCAUGGCCUCCAACAUGCUGCACAGGCUGUUGGAGUCAGUCCACUAUUGGUUCAACACACGCAGUCACCUUGCCAUAAUGGACAAUCUCUCACACAGUUGCCUAGCAACCCUACGAGACCACUUUACACAGCUACACAAAUCUGACACCCCUGAACCGCCCCACCCACUUCUUCACCUCUCUGUUACCAUGGAGACGCAGUCCUCGCUGGCGAUACAACUAUUUCAAGUACCAAAAAAAACAAAUCAAAUACCAACGGGAAUGACGUUGAAAGAAAUCACUCGUCACAUGACUUUGAUAAACAUUUUCAUUUCCGGCCUGAGAUGCCACACCCUUUUCCAAACAUCAAAGGAAGUGGGUGGAGCCAGCAAGAGAAUCUUAAGCAGUGUUGACAUACUGGGACGCGUGAACCUACAAACCCUACAAACAUCAAUUUGUUGCCUUGUUCCGAAAUCCGACACAAAUAAAACUUUGUUGACCCUCUCCCCCGGUCAAAGCCAGCUGUCAUUUGAGCUCUCACCUGCGAAGGACCUCACUGUGUGCACACUACUGGAGGCUGGUCUCAAGGACAGUGGAUUAACAUUCGUAGCAAAACUACUCAGCUCUGAAGUACACGAAGAUGCCAUAUUGGAAUGGAGUCAUGUGCAUCAGUAUAGUAACAUGAGCAGCGUGUCACCGAGUCAUGCCGUGGAAUCAAAAAACAAUCAUUUUAUGGUGGAUGUUAUGUUGCCGAGGGUUUGGUCACAAGUUGCCUCUACCCACAUGGGAAUUGCUGGCCCUGUUACUGGAGGGUUGGACUUGCUUGUACUGUACGAGGCGUUGGAAGCGUGGCGGGUACAUGUCGGGGGCGUACCCUCAUUGGUUGGAACGUUAUUCAGUGAUAAAGCAUCUCGUGAUAGAAGAGUCUUGCUUACAAUCAUUGCAAAUGCUGCUAGAAAUUCGAUGCUGUCUCAACGAUAUUUCAAUCCCGUUCAUUCCGAUAUUACGCUUGCUCUCAGACGAUGUGUUUUGUUCGCUUGCCUGCAGCAACUUUGGCAGACUAUCCCUGCAUUUACGGAAAAUUUCGUACCACAAGACAAAAAAGAACCACUCGAGCGUGAACUAGUGGCUACUCUACUGGCCAUCUCUGCUCGUCUGUACUCACAGCACGAAGAGGACGACCACAAGUGCCUGUCAUGUGACCCACCCAUCCAAGAUGGCCGCUCUGAAACAGGAAGUGUUGGCUACAUGAGUAUUAGCCCCUCUCCGUCAGAACUGGCUAUUCCCAAUACUAUGGCCGCUGAUUUCUUCGAUCUAAGAGACAUUGAUUACGAACCAGUUUUCAUGAGAAGUACCCAACCUUCCCUUCUGGCUCUGAGGGAGGCCAUGUUGCCUUUGUUGACCGAGGCUGGUUUGAAAGUGACCCCUCAACUACGCCCAGUGUGUCACAAUAAGGAUCUGUUCUUAGGGGAAGUGGGUGUGGCUUUGAAGGAGAUCAGCGUGUUUGUUACGUCACCCUCACACCUCAACACUUCUCACACUCGUCACAUAGACACCCCCGUACUCAUCACAAAGCACAUCGAUGUACGAAGCUCAAUGAAGUACACUACAGAGACCACACCCUCCGAGCCACACCUCUUACUGUUACCUAGCAACACGGCAGCAAAAGACGUCCCGAGUGCCAAAAUCAAUUUGUCAUCAAACUGCAUUAUAAGUGUUGAGGGGAUUUCCGUAACAGUGACCACACCCCUAUUGAAACUUGGACGUCACAUGAUGGAAACAGCUCGCUAUCGAAGUUAUGUGACCAGAUUGAUGGAAAUAUCCAAAGAGGACAAUCUAGCAACUCCUUGUCCAGAAACUAAUCGUCCACGACAACCAUUUGAAUUACUCGACGAAAGCGCUGUUUUUAGUUCGAGAAUUACUACCUUUACUAAGAUGGUUGCGUCCAUUGUCGACAGUCAAGAGGUCAAAGAUGAAUAUCCACACAAUGUGUCAUCGCCCCUGGUUACCGUACAGAGCCCAUCAACCUCGAAACUUCCGUCUCCCCAGGAAGAGCCAACGAGACAAUUGCUCCGCCCACAAUCACCCUCCUCCUCCAUUACGUCCGACGAUAUUGCCAUAGCGAUGGAGAAUCCCACGUACACUGAGGCACUAUCGGACACUGUUGGUUCUGACACACCGGACAGUUUACGUGCAACUAGGGAUAACUCUCUGAAAGUGCUCGACCUCAAAAACUCUGCUUCUAUUAUGACCCCCAAGGUCUCCGCUGCUAAAGACCCCACCUCCUCUGUGGUACGAUGCCUCUCGUUUCCCUCCUCACAAGUGUUAUUUAGCGUGUAUGGACUUUUACGAAUCAAAGCUUUCGAGGCGGGUGUUCAGAUUGAAACGACACGAGCGAGUGUACUGGUGGAGGGUGUGAGUGGGUGUGUCGAUGUGAGAAAGGCUACUAAAGAGUUGGAGGAGCUGUAUUUGUCAGCAGCGGCCACUAUUCAAAAGAGCUCUCUUGUUUUGAGUGAUCGAGGUCUGCCAGAAUCGGAGGUUUUGUCGUUUAAAGCACAACCGGUUUACGUCUCUGCUGGGAUGUGUGGGUGUGUGUGUGGAGGGAUGGAGUUACCGACUUAUCGAUGCCUUGUGAAGGUGCGUGGGGUGGAGCUUAGCGUGCCCCAAUCACCAGUGAUCAUCCAUCGACGCUAUCAAGCUCUCAUGCCUUCUUUCACGGCCAUCUAUCAAGACGUGUUUGCCAAGAGUGAGAAUACUCAACCAGAAACACCCUCGGCCCCAGUCGUGAAUAUGGCCGACGUCAAACUGCCCCCAAAACUUCCUCAGGGGUUUGUGCAUUUCAGUGUAGACGAGACAUCCAUCGUUCUCUCCCCCCUCCCCUCUCUCACUGUCACAUACACCGUGACUCCAGUAGUGGUCCAAGUAGAGACCACGGACGUGAUCCAGUUUGAGUUGAGUGUGGGUGAUCACAUGGUCCGUUUCUCCCCCCGAGGGCCCCACAAAGAUGACCUCACUCUGCGCUCCCUCCCACACCUCAGCCUGAGGGGGACGGUGCAGGGGUCAAGACGUACCAUGAUCCCCAGUGUACGUCUCAAGCUAUCUGUGAAGCAGGUGGUGAUUGAUAUCACUACGGACGUGCUCAACCAAUUGCUCGUGCUACAGAACAGCUUUAUUAAGGAAGUGAAUGACCUCAUCCAACUGUUCAGUCACCUUGACGACUCGAUACCUCAGACGCGACCAAUCAAACCAGAGCAAGAGGAGGGUCCCGAGGUGCUAUCAUUCCUUGAGUCCUGUCAUCUCUCCCUCUCUGGGAUAAUAGUGACCAUCUCCACCCCACUCUCCACCGCCAUCAGGUUCUCCACUGGCAAGAUUGAGAUGAAUCUUGUCAAUGCCUCGGCUAACAACAGCUCAGCCACUCUACAAAGAGACUCCAUGACCAGGAGCCGGUUCAAUGUGAUGGGGCGAGUGGACAUUGAUGUCAACGCAGCCCUAGGCAUCCUCCAGGACCAGCCAGAUGAUGAGCUGCUGGAGCUGGCCUACUUCAAGAUGAGAGUGUCACUUCGUAACACAGUGCAGAACCUCGCUGGGAAGAGGGAGAAAGGGGAGGUGCCUGACUCGCCCGUUGUCGUGGAUACCUUCGCUAUCUCUAUUCUCAAUCCUCACCUCUAUGUUCAGUCAUCAGCUUUUGAGCAAGGUAUUCUAUUUUGGCUCAACUGUAAUAGUGUGUACAACUACUGGCAGAAUGAGAGGAAGCAACUCAAUGCUGAGGUGCAAGCGGCCACAGAGGCCUUCAUAGAGAGGAUACAGCAUAGACCCACUCAAUUGCAGACUCCCUCUAUUGACUUCUCUAAACCACGACUCGUGAAGCUGACUGUCUCGGAUGUGGGCGUGUGCAUGCCUCUCACACCUACGUCUAGCACCCCCCACUCCACCAAGUCCCAAUCAUUUCCCGCUCUAGUCAUCACGAUUAAAGAGAUGCAGUUCCAACUUAACCUCAGUCACAAGAUAGCUAGCACCGGAAAUUUCGAAACAUUUUGCAUCCGUUUUGCCGAUCAGUUUUAUCUCCGUCACAAGACUUGGACUUUGGACCCUCGCAAACACAAGUUUGCCAACUGUGGAUCCAUUAAUCACGGGACCUUCCGACUGUGCAUUGCUAAUCAGAAGAGGGUGUCAGAGACGGACCCUCAAGUGUCUGUGGGGGAGAAGUUGCUGUGGGCCUUCCAAUGGGACAUGUCCGGUAUCGAUGUCAACGCUAACACUGACAUUGGUCGUCACACCUCCGCCAUUGUGCGAACCAUCACCAUGAUAGGAACUGACCGCGAUGGAUCCAAGAUCUCCAAGACCCAAUCUUCCACUGGAAUCUCGUCCAGCCAUCGGGUGCUACGAAGACCGGUAUCAGUCGCUGGACUACCUCACCAUCGUCGCUCCAAGUCUGUGGUUCAUCGCCAUGAAGACAAUUACAUAGUAACAUUGGAGGAGGAGUUGGCGAAGCAAACACGCAAACUACAGAAUCUCAAGACACAGGGAGUAUCACCGGAAAUGCUUCAGUCGGAGAAAGAAGCUCUUAAACUUCUACAAGACGAUCUUGCUAGAGCAAUGAGACGAACUUUUCGUCCAGCCAAUAGAAGCAUGUCUCGUUGGUUCACGCCCCGCCCCCAGGAAACAGGGGAAGUCCCCAGUGGAGGGUCCGUGGGACGUAGGAUAUCACAGGUUGUCAGAAAACAACUCUUCAGCCACCAAGAGUCCUCUGACCUCCGCGACACCACCCCCUCACCCACUCAUAUGAGAAGACGGAUAAAAUCCAUGCCAGGUCACAAACGAUUCAAAUCCGAUGUCACUGGGUUGAAAUAUAUUGGCUCUUCGCCAACCCCCCACGAUGACGAUACCUUUGACCUCUCUGAUACGGAAGAAGUGGGUGUGGUCAACAAAGAAGAUGAGGGGUUCACUCUGCCCACUAUUGAUGUAGAGGUUGACGUGACGAUUAACGUGGACUAUGGUGCUGUGAGACUACGAACAGAGGAAAGCCAAUCGAUGGAGCGUAAGAUGUCCCUACCCACCAUCUCUGGCAUGCACAGUCCCUACACUCCACACAGUCGACUGCGUGGCAAUCCCUCGGAGAGCUAUAAUAACCCAUCGAUUGUGGAAUCAGUCAUCUUGAUCCCAGCACUCACCGUCAAAGCUCAUUACCAGUCCAUUGUCGGAAGGUCCUAUUCCAAUGCUCCCAUUCCAAAAUCUCCAUCACACUCUCCACCCGCCAACCUCUUAUCUGAUCAUCUUCUACCCGUCAAAAAGGGGGUGCUCUCAAUAUCAGCCGUCAUAGCCUCCCUCCCGGAGCCAAUCAGAUUGUCUCCCAGCCUGUUAGAGUUUAUCGAACAAGUGGCUCGUCCAACGAUUGCUGCCACCAUUAUUUCCGGCUCCUCUGCCAGUAGCACUGAGAGUGAAGACGAAUCUGACCCCAUCCCCUCUAGCGAUAACUGGCCCCUCUCGUUCCCGGUGGACGUCACUCUAGCGUUCCAAAUACAACCGUCCACGAUGCACCUGACCUGCCAACCACAGUCUCUGGUGGAGUGUGUCAUUCAGAGCCCAGACGUCAAUUUCGUUAUUUCUUUCUCUCUAUUCACUCCUCAACACCAUGAGAGUGAUAAGACCACCACCUCCCCUGUGGGGUCAGGGUCCGGCAUGCGAGGACAGUCACACAAGAUCCUCAUGUUCAACAACCUGUAUAUAACCGGAUGUCUCACGACCUUUGCACUGCAGCUGUUUGCUCCGCCAAUGUCUGGUCAUAAGAGUAAGCUGGGUCUUGAGAAGAAGGAAGCACUGAGCCUCACUCUUGGUCAGGCUCUCAUCCACUUCAGUCGGAGGAGUGUUCUCUCCCCCCACCUGAGUAACACUGCUCGGAGUGUCGAUGAUUACGUGCCCAGCAGUAAACUACAGGUGUCAGUUGUCAUGGACAUAGCAAGUGUAGUGGGAGGUUAUGACAUGAGGAGACUCAAUGACAUCACAGCUUUCAGACGCUACUGGUAUCGUACUUCUCUAGUAGAGUCUCUCUUUAUCGGCACUAAGAAGAAGUCUCACGAAGAAGUGGGUGGGGCUAGCAUCGAGAUCCCAUCCACUCCGGGUGGAGAGGUGAAGGAACCUAGUGCCGUGGUGGACCUCAACGAUACUCUGUCAGCUGUGAUUGUGGUAGCUGCCAACGUGGAUGAUCUGAGAGUGUCCACCAACGUGGCCCAGGUCAUGGGCAAUACUGAUCUCCUAGUGACCCAGUUCCGCUGUGAAGCCCACUGUGACGUACAGCACAACGAGUUGGUACUACUCGAGAUGGAUGGGAAACUAGAAAAAGGGGAACUCGAUGCGAGGGGCGGAGUCAUUGCCGGAAAUAUCCUCAUGAUCGGGGCUCAGGCUCGUGUGACCACCCAGAGUGUGUCUGGUAGUGUCCCCGUGCACAAGGGCUCCGCCUCCCUUGAGCUUGUAGAGGGGCGUGUCGACUACAUGAGCUCCUGUAGCCUCCUGGCGCGCACCAACGGACUCAACCUCGAGCUCUCUGACUCGUGGGAGGGGCUACAUUUGGACCCAACGGGGAAAUCCUCUGAAUUUGCAAGUGUGCAGAUCCUGGCCCACUUCUCGUGGGACAAACUACAGCUGUCAAUUCAUCGCUCAACCACGAAGAGUCUGUUCAAUAUGGUGCAGAAAAUGUACGAGUUUGUCAUGCAACAGAAACGACGCAGUGAGCGCACCAUUAGCCUGAUGUUGCCGGCAGGGUCAGCUGCCUCAAAAGCUCUGCACGCCUAUAGGGAAGAGCAGAAGAGAAUGGCUAAAGAGGAGGAGGCUAGAGAUAAAGGCUACAUGAGACACCACUGGCUGUGGGCAAUGCGUGUGGGGAGUGUGGAGCUAAUGAAGACCAUGGGACUACACACACCAGCCGGAGGUCUUCAUACCGUCUCCCUCGGAGCAAAGAUGUCCGUCUCCGGUGACAACUUUUGCCUUGUCUGUUUCCACGGCCCUUCCUUCAGAGAGACGGAAUGGGCAGUGUUCAAUAUUGACACCAUUAGUGCAAGCUUCUCCACACAGGCUAUCCCUGGACUGAGUAAAGGGCAGCUGGCAGAACUGACAGAGUCAGGGUCAGGUGUUCUACCCACCAAACAAGUGAGAACAUGUCAACAAAUUGUCCAUCUAUCUCUAGGCCACACCCCCUGGGACGAGACCGAGAAAUUGGACGAAUUGGCGGCUAUAUAUCGAGUAUCGGCUGGUCACACACGCCCACCCUCCAUUGUGGGUACUUCAACACAAAAUUGGCUCAACUACGCCUGCAUUGACGCCCAGCUACACCCUGACAGCUAUAGCGGGGAUACCUCAACCUUGAUUCGACUUAGCAAGAAACUCAACGUUCAAUCCAUACUGCUUGUGCCUGCCUUUGAGAUGGAGUUAGUGACUGACCAUUUCUGGCCACAAAGAACUCGUCUGUCGGCCAAAGAGCCACAAUUCUCACCACUUGUCGAGUGUAGUCUUACAUCAAAAUUUGCGAGGGGUGUGUCCGUUGCCACGAAUGUAGAUCAUUAUCUGUUCCUACACGACCUAGUGAAGGCGUACCUCGAGUAUCUGGAGAAACACAAGACACCUCAAACCCUGGACACAGAUCCUGAAUCCACAGACACCGCCCCCACAUCACCUCCGAAGUCGACACCAGUGCUCCGCAACUUUGAGUGUGUGUGCUGGGAGUUAGACCCUCACCUCUGUCUCCUAUCCAGUGCUGGUACGGGACAAUUCAACCCUCACAUCAGUUGGUUACUAGAGAGGCUGGGGUUCAAGCACGCACAAACCACCAUCCCCAAGUGGAUACAGCGAGUUGCCAUGGACCCUCUAGACAUGGUGGUUGCUAACGCUAUGGAACUGUUAAUUAAAAUCACUGCUACUAAGAAACUUCAGCAAAAAUCCAGAGCCUCAUCUCCACCAUCCCAUUAGCUGAACCAAUUUCAAACAUUUUUUUAUCAUUAAAACACAAUUUUUGCACAUAAUAAUUAUAAUUGUUCAUGUCAUCAAUUCAAAAUGCUGUAUAAUAACAAGAGUUCAUAGUGCACUCUUGAUAAAUGUGAUGAAAUGAAAGUAUCGUGGAAUGAAUGAAAUGUUAGUGUCUGUGUUGGUCAUUCUUUAGUCUCAGUUUCUUGACAAAUUGCACUUCUGAACGAUUA